UCUCCUCAGCUCUGCUGCUCUCACGGGGAGAAUAACAGCCACCAAACAGAGGGGAUGGCUCCAGGUCUCCAUAGCAACCUCGAGGCAGGCUCUGUUGUGGCGAUCCAUACCGCCAUGGGUCUCAGCGAUGGAGAAUGGCAGCUGGUGCUGAACAUCUGGGGGAAGGUAGAGGCUGACAUCCCUGGCCAUGGACAUGAAGUUCUCAUCGGUCUCUUCAAGAAUCACCCUGAGACCCUGGAGAAGUUUGACAAGUUCAAGAACCUGAAGUCGGAGGAUGAGAUGAAGGGCUCAGAGGACCUGAAGAAGCAUGGCGCCACGGUGCUCACGGCCCUGGGCGGCAUCCUGAAGAAGAAGGGGCAGCACGCGGCCGAGAUCCAGCCCCUGGCCCAGACGCACGCCACCAAGCACAAGAUCCCCGUCAAGUACCUGGAGUUCAUCUCAGAAGUCAUUAUCCAAGUCCUGCAGAGCAAGUACCCCGGAGACUUUGGAGCCGAUGCGCAGGGCGCCAUGAGAAAGGCCCUGGAGCUGUUCCGCAACGACAUCGCUGCCAAGUACAAGGAGCUGGGCUUCCAGGGCUAGGCCCGCCCCUGCCCUGGCGCAGGGGGCACCCGGUGCCACGUAGUGAGUAGCGUCAGUGUCCUAGGUUAGCAGAGGGGUGCGGGGUGAGGGUCCACGCCUCCCACACAGCUGGGGAGAGGGCUCCGAGGCCGGUGGCCCCAGCUGCCUACAUCCGGCUCCGUCUGCGUCAUGCUCAAUUCCGUCACCUAAGUCACAACCCACUUCUUCUGGUCUGCAAACUGGCCCCUCCUCCACUGUCACCUUUGACACCAGCCCUAACCACUAACCGCCUGCCCUGGAGUCUGCAGUGUCCACUUGAAUGAGGUGGAGGUUGGCAGAGGGUUGUACCAGGCGAGGGAAAGGCCAGCGGACAUCUGGGAGUCACCUGUCUGCUCAAGUACCGGCUGAUUUCAAGCAAGCUACUUUAACCACUGAGCCAUGUCCCCAGCCCCUCACCUGAUUUCAAUAAAAGACCCUGCAACUUCUUGA